AUGGCUGCCUCCAGCUCUCAAGAGGAGGCAGCUGUGGCGGCAUGCUUUGGAGACGAUGCUCCAAACUUUCUUGGGACUGGGACUUUGCUCUCUCUGAGGACGAAAGCUCAGGACAAGGGGCCCGUGGAGAACAAACUAGAGUUGCACCCCCUGCAGAACAGGUGGGCUCUAUGGUUCUUCAAGAAUGACCGUAGCAGGGCUUGGCAAGAUAAUCUGCAUAUGGUCACCAAGGUUGACACCGUGGAGGAUUUCUGGGCGAUGUACAGUCAUAUCAAGCUGGCUAGUAAGCUCUCUUCUGGCUGUGACUACGCCAUGUUCAAGGAUGGCAUCAAGCCCAUGUGGGAAGACAGCAGGAAUAAGCACGGUGGCCGCUGGCUGGUCAGUCUCUCCAAGCAGCAGCGCCACAUUGAUCUGGAUCGUCUGUGGCUGGAGACAUUGCUGUGUCUGAUUGGGGAGAGCUUUGAGGAACACAGCACCGAGGUGUGUGGGGCUGUCAUCAACAUCCGUACCAAGGGUGACAAGAUUGCUAUGUGGACGAGGGAGGCUGAGAACGAGGCCAGCGUCUUGCACAUUGGGCAUGUAUACAAAGAGCGCUUGGGUCUUUCCAUGAAGACCAUCAUUGGGUACCAGGCCCAUGUAGAUGCGGCCACCAAGAGCAACUCCCUUGCCAAGAACAAGUUUAUGGUGUGA